UUUUAUAGUUAUUUACUGUUAUGUUUAACGGAAACACAACUGAUGGAAUUAAACAUUAUAAAAAUAUAAAUAAGCACAGCAUCGGGAAGUAAAAUUCAUGGGGGUGGAUAUCAAAGUUGUGUGAAAAUAUCACGCUUUAUAGAUGACUGUAUACCAUUUAGUGAGAGGGUGAACAAUGUGUGUCUAUAAAUAGACAGUUUCACUUUGAUUUGGAUAAGGAAGAAAAAUGUGUGUAUAAAGAGAGGUAUCAAAACACAUAAUUUCUUUCAACCCUUUGUUCGAAAGAAAAAUGUAAUUAACAAAGGCCAAAAAAACAUUUCGUCCGUCGAUAUGCAUCUUUUCAUGAAUACGUGUAAAAUUUCAUACACUGUAUGGUAUAAAUUCACUGUACUGGAUUGAAAUAGAUCGAGGAUUUAAUUAAAGAUUAUCGUAUAAAAAUCAGAAGAAUGUCCGAAUCUGAGGUACCUCCGAACAGACCUUUGUUAACAUUAUCUGUGCUUGGUUCAUGUCUAGUAGGAGUUGUUGUGCAGCUGCUUGCUUUUAUAUACCUAUUUCAAGAUUUGUGUGAUAAUGUUCCCGACGACAGGGAGUAUUGUAAAAUCAUUACAGACAAUAGCACUGAUAAUAUAAACAAAACUGAUAAUGUUACCGGAGAUCCUAUAGGUCUUCCUUACUACAGAGGAUACCGGUCAGUUGUAGGGGUCGUGUUAUUCACUGAAAUCUUUACUAUCUUAAAAGUAAGCUGUAAAAUCUACUGCUGUGUUAAACUUGCUGUCUGUAUAUAUCCGAAGUGUUUUGGUGUCUGGGAAGACUGUCGUUGCUGUGGAAAAUGUUGGUAUGUCAUGGCGACAGUAAAUGUUGUGUUCAAUAUACUUGGUAUAAUUUCUGUGUGUAUGGCAGUCCCAUUCAGUGAUAUGAUGAAUUAUAUUGUUGGAUUUAGACUUGGAUUUGGAAACACUUUGUUUGGAGUGGUAAAGCUUGCAUGUUGGACCGGAUAUUCAGUAUACAGACACAGUUGUUGCCCAGACUCUGGAUAUUUUCUGGGAUCAAACCGGAGGCUGUCAGGAUGUAAAAUAACUGUAACAGUUGUACACGAGACAGUAACAACCAUACGUACAAUUUAGUUGUUUAUAAUCAGACUGAAUUUCCUUCAACUCUGAAAUUUAAUUUGU